AUGUCGGGCAACAAACUCAACUUCGUUACCUUCAACCAGGACCACAGCUGCCUGGCUGUCGCUACCAACAAAGGCUUCCGAAUCUAUCACACCGACCCCUUCAACAAGAUAUUCAAUAGCGAUGAAGGGAACGUCACCAUUAUCGAGAUGCUCUUCUCGACCUCGCUCGUCGCCAUGGUCCGCUCGCCGCGCCAUUUGGUAAUACAAAACACCAAGCGCGGUUCCGUCAUCUGCGACCUCACCUUCCCGACCGCCGUGCUGGCCGUCCGCCUAAACCGGAAAACGCUGGCUGUAGUGCUGGAAGAAGAGAUCUACGUUUACGAUAUAGGCAACAUGGCCCUGAAGCACACUAUUGCGACGUCGCCGAACCCGAACGCUAUCUUCGCUCUCUCGCCCUCGUCGGAAAGGGGCUACAUUGCAUAUCCCAUGCCGAAGCCGCGCGAGGACCAAGGCGAGAGGCGGCCCGCCCACGCGCCGCCCCUCUCGGAAUACGUGCCGCCCACCUCCGGUGCUCUCAUGGUCUACGACACGGCGUCCGGGAAGGCGGUCAACGUUAUCGAGGCCCACAAAAUGCCCCUAUGCUGCAUCGCCCUGAACAACGAGGGCACCAAGGUGGCCACGGCUUCCGAGCGCGGCACCAUCGUGCGAGUCUAUUCCGUCCCGGAGGGCAAUAAGCUCUUUGAGUUUCGCCGCGGGACGAUCCCCUCCACCAUCUACAGCAUGUCGUUCAACCUCAGCUCCACUCUUCUGUGCGUCUCGUCUAGCACCGAAACAGUCCACAUCUUCCGUCUGGCCAGCGCGCAAAACACUACUGUGGGGGGCGCUGCCCCACCCCCGCUCGAGACACCAGGAAGCCCUCGUGCCAACCGCUGGUCGCGAUCGAGGAGCAUCGACGGUAGCGAGUACUCACCUAGCGGCGAUUCCGACUCGUCGCCUCGAGGCGAGACGCCCGAGGCCGGGCCCAGCGGUUCCUCGGCGGCCAGGAGGCAGAGCGGAACCUUUGGCAGCAUGCUCCGGCGGUCGUCGCAACUCGUUAGCCGCAGUGUUGCCGGCGCCGUCGCGCCCUAUCUCCCACAAUCCAUGACCGAGAUGUGGGAGCCGCAGCGCGACUUUGCGAGCGUCAAGAUCCCCAAGCCGACCAACCCGAGCGGGGGCACCGUUCUAGGCCCCGUGUCUCUACCCAGCGUGGUGGCCAUGUCCAGCAAUUCGCCGCAAGUCAUGGUCGCCACUAGCGACGGCGGCUUCUACGUCUAUACCAUCGAUUUGCAAAACGGCGGGGAGGGCUGUCUCCUGCGGCAAUAUAGGUUUGUUUUAAUUCUCCUCCCGCACUCUGCUACCCAUGCUAAUCUGUGCCCUCUAGUGUGUGUGACUUUGGGAUGA